GGUAUGAAUGGGAAGGUUGACUGUAAAACUCCAGAGGAAGAGGGGGAGCAGAUGCGAGCACUAAAAGACAUCGCCCAUCGGUAAUCGGACUCCGGCAAAAGUUCUAAUUUAUUGUAAGGGAAAUAAAGACAACCGAAAGCUCGAAGCUUUUUACUUCGUUCCGGCAAAUCCCAAACGGUGGGGAGAGAAAGCUCGAAUCUUGCACUUCGUUCCAGCAAUUCCCCAACCAUGGGGAGAGAAAACUCGAAGCUUUCACUCGUUUUUGGGGAAGAUCUCUUCGUAUUUGACGGCAAGUGGCCGAGGAGCUGCUGAAGUUGCUGUUGAUUUGUUUUUUUGUUUUUGUUUUUUCAAGUAUUAGUGGACUAUGAACUGUAGGUCCUCUUCUCCACUCUUCUUUUAACUCAGCUGCCGCGGCUGCUUCCUGCCAUCGAAGGUUUAUUAGGAGUUUGAUGUGAGGGAUCCAUGGACACAAAGCUUUAUGACUAGAGAAGGUGUGUGCUGCCCCCUCCCUGUUCUGUGGAACUGAAAAUAAGAUUACACUAACUUCUGAAGUUCAUGGCUGGAAGGGAAAAGCCCACUAGUCUUUCCAUAUUCGAGCUUGAAAAGGAUGUCCUGAAUCUCCAACUAUUGCUGCAAGAAGAAAUCAAGUUGCAUGUGAUUCUUGAAAAGGCUGUAGAGGAAGCUGCAUUUGAACUAUCUGAUCUAUCAUGUCUCCCAAAAGAUGCACAGGAACUUUUGUCUAACAUUUCAACCUUGGAGAGUACUGUAGGAAAACUUGAGGAAGAGAUGAUUUCUUUAAGUUUUCAGCUAAUUCAAGAACGAAAUGAGAGAAGGCUUGCUGAAUAUCAGCUAAAACAAUUGCCAGGAUCUCCACAGAUUGCAUGCCCCAUUGCACAGGCAAGUAUGGAUGAUCUGGUUAUAGAUGAAGAGCUGGGCCCUUCUGAGUUGAUUAAACAUUUUGGGAAAUUUGGACGAAUACCACAUAAAGGCAUUAUGAACCACCCUCACCCCAAUCAGCUUUCUGAGGAGAUAGUUCGUUGUAUGAAAGAUAUUUUCAUCUCCCUGGCAGAUUGCUCUAGUUUACCCUUAAGAUUUUCUUCACCAGAGAGCUUUUGUCCAUCAACAUCUCCACAAGGACACAGUCCAACUUUUUGGCCACUAUCUGAGCUUACAUCAAUCUCCUCAUGGAGACACAGUCCUCAAACGGACAUUCAGUGUAACAAUGAUGUUUUAACUUCGGGAGGCAUUUUUGAUCCAUAUAAAGUCCGUGGAAAAUUGAGUUGGGUUGACAUUGGUAAUUAUAGUUUGGCCAAAGAAGUUUCAUGGAUGUCAGUGGAGAAGAAGCAACUUGAAUAUGCUUCGGAUUCAUUAAAGAUGUUCAGAUCACUUAUUGAACAGUUGGCAGAAGUAAAUCCAAUUCACCUCAGCUACAGUGAGAAGUUAGCCUUCUGGAUCAAUUUAUAUAAUGCACUCAUCAUGCAUGCUUAUCUUGCAUAUGGUGUUCCUAAGAGUGACAUGAAGCUCUUUGCAUUGAUGCAAAAGGCUGCAUACACAGUUGGAGGCCACUCAUUUAGUGCUGCUUGCAUUGAGUAUGUAGUUUUAAAGAUGAAGCCACCCGUCCAUAGGCCACAAACGUCUUUACUUCUCGCACUUCAGAAGCUGAAAGUCUCCGAGGAGCAGAAGAGGUUCUCAAUCGAUACGUUCGAGCCACUAGUGACAUUUGCUCUAAGCUGUGGGACAUACUCUUCCCCUGCAGUAAAAGUUUACAGUGCAGGAAAUGUGAAGGAGGAGCUCCAGGAAGCUCAACGUGACUUCAUUCGCGCUUCCGUAGGAAUGAACAAUAAAAGGAAGCUUCUUGUCCCAAAGAUGCUUCACUCAUUCGCUCGAGGAUUUGUCGAUGAUUCAGAAGUACCAAUCUGGAUAUCUCGAUUCUUACCUCAGCAACAAGCAGGCUUUGUAGAUCAAUGCAUCUCACAGAGAAGAUAUAGCUUGCUGGGCUCUCGCAGUUGCGGAAUAAUCCCUUACGACUCCCGAUUUCGAUAUCUUUUUCUACCUGAAAUACUGCCCUGAUGAUUUUGACCAUUCACCAGCUUGCAAUAACUGAUUUGGUUGGCCAGCGAUCAAAGCUUAAGCUUGCUCUCCAGAAUCAAUUAGUGAGGUCUGGUUUUGUUGGAGAGCAUUACAGGCUACCAAUCUGCAAUUUGUUCAAAUCCUUUCGAACAUGAAUGAGGGAUUGUAUAGGUGAUUACAAUGAGCUUUGCUAAGGAAACCAAAUAUUCAAGACCUAAUGGUAGAGCUAAAUUCUGAAGGCAUCUCCUGUUUCAUUUUGGUAGAGAUGAUAUUACAGUUGCUUCAGUCCUACUUGAAAGACCUGUUCUAAUUGUAGCUUCAGAAAGUUUUUCCCUUAACCACAAUCUUUGAGUUCUUUGAAACAGGGAAGUCUCUUCUUAAAGGAAAAUUUCUGAGCUCUGUUA